AAACCGCAUGUAUGCGAGUACCCAGGAUGUGCACGGACCUUUGGCGACUCGAGUAGUCUGGCGCGACAUCGGCGGACCCAUACUGGCAAGAGACCGUAUAAAUGCGAGGAUCCCAUGUGCGAGAAGACCUUUACGCGGCGUACGACAUUGACUGCGCACAUGAGAACGCAUGAUCCAUCCUGGGAGCCUGAUCCAAACAUGUGCGUACAUCCUUGUAACACAGAAAGACCACUCGUGAGAGGACAUUGA